ACAAUAGGUUGCACAAUGGCUCUAGAGGGACGACCGCAAAGAGGAAGAGCUGACGAGCAAUGGGGGAGAAAGAGGCGCAGGGUUUGCAGCCAUGAACAAGUAGAGGUCUCUGACGAUGGCGGCGAGACGUGGCGCAGAGCGGAGAGGAAGUUCGAGUGCUGCGCGGGGAAAUGCAACCGGAGGUAUGGAAAUCUGCGCUCGUUUAACGAGCACCGGUGUGAGAGGCACAAGCUCCCGCCCGUGUCGCAGCUGCCCAAGGGCUUCAAAUCCCGCAAGGGCGUCCCGCACGGCACGUACUACGCGCUCAAGAAGCAGCGCUACAACGAGGUCAAGGACUCGCUGCGCUUCAAGUGGAAGACCCAGCUCCAGAACGCGCGAGCGAACUUGAAAAAGGACUACAUCCGGGUGUGGGAUCCCAGCGGCAACUUCUCGCGCGAGCACUGGAUCCGGAGGGUGGACAAGCUUCUCGUACGGAAGAUGAACGCCAUGAGGGAGGAGCAUCCUUUGGAAACGUAUCGGCCACAAGCUGGAGGCCGGCCAUCGCACCAGGCUCGAAUCGCGAGGCUCGAGGCUCUUAAGGCGGAAGUGGAGAGCUACAACGAAGAAGACGAGGAUGUGAACGAGUAUAACUCUUCCGAAGAAGACGAGCAUGAGGAUGAGCACGAGGAUGAUCGGCGAAACUCCAUUUCAGAAGCCGAAGAUGACGAGAUGGAUGGAAAUGCUUUUGCCGCUCGCGAUUCGAUCGUGGAGAUCCUCAUGAACAUCAAGGAUGGUAUUAGUCACCACCGCAACACAGCUCAAACUCAGAUGGAUGCUUUGCAUUCUCUUAAAGAGCAGGUGCGCCAUGAAACUCACGAGCUUUUUCUUUUUCUUUCUGGACAGAUCGAAGCACAUCGAGAGACAAUAGACGACAUCAAAGCCACCGCUCGCAAGGAGAUUGAAAAACUCACAGGAUGGAUGGCUAGGCAAAGGGAAUUGAUAGAUAGUACCAAAGAUGUGCAAGUUGCUCGAGAAAUCUGUGAGACCAUGAAGCAUAUCGUCCAGAAAUUAUAACUAGUCGUUUGCGAGGUGGACUUCACAAUGA